AUGGCUACAUCAAGAACCUGCCCAAACCGGCUGAAAGUUGCAAUCACUGUAACUUCCAUUUUCUUUAGUACAUUUCUGUACCCAUCAGUUGGGAUACUGAACUCAGGUCAUAGUGAGAGCAUGGUGCAGCAGAGUAAAAUGGUAUUGGGUUCAAAGCCUCCUAGUUGUGUGAACAAGUGCUUGAAUUGCAGCCCUUGCAUGGCUACUCUAGUCAUUCCUUCCCACCAAUGGAAGCAUUUCAGAGCUACAUAUCAUGGAGAUGAAGAUGAAAGCUAUUAUCUCCUCUCAUGGAAAUGCAAAUGCGGGGAUAAGCUCUUUCAGCCUUGA